AUGACUCUCAGUGAUUUACCCCAAAGAGUGGCUUUUCCUGUCGCUGAGUCGUGGAAGGAAAAAGGUAGCGCAAAGGCCACCCUGUGCACGCAAGCUGAGUUGUGGGACAAGAUGGAUAGGGAGACGCUGCAGGGCACCAACUUCCAGACUCCCCGUCACACUUUUGGCAUCAGCUGUUUGGCUCUGGCCGAGCGGCAGUUAUGGAGGCGGUUCCAGGUCUCCCCGAAGGGUGAGAUGAAGCUGCCCUACGUCUUGUCACGCCGCGUGGGCCAAGAAUUUGCCACUGGACUUGGGCCGGUUGUGACGAAGCCAGAGACUUGGGAGGAGGCUUCGGAUGAGGAAGAUGAUUUUCCUUUCAAAGACUGGGUUGCAACUCUGGGUCAUCGUACUCUGAGAGGCCCCUUCGUCAGUAAGAGACAGCAAAAAGUGUCGCAGUGGCUUUUGGAAAAGGAGCGGCAGCAAAAGCAGAAAUGGCAGGAGAAUCAGUGGAAACGAAAGCCCCGGCUGUUGCCUCCGUUGCCUCUGUUGCCUCCGGUCACCCAUCUCCCGCCGGAGCUGUUGCCCUUGGAGCAGCCGAGUCCGCGGCUGCUGGGCUCAGGGCGGCCUGAGCCGCGCGCGGCAAAGCCGCGAAGGGACAAGGCACCGGUGAUGGCUCCUAUGCGGCAUGGGCUGCAAGUAGACAAGCCGAAGGCUCCGGUGAUCGUCUCUGCACAAGAGUGUUCACAACAGCCGACGCCACCACCUGUCUCCACAGAGGGGAUGGAUGAGAGUUGUCCGAUUGGCUGGGGAAGGCUGCAUGACUAUGUGAAUGGGGUGCGCAUUGGUCCAGGCAGUUUGUUCAGCCAUCCCUGGGAUGGACCUACGCCUUCGGGGAUCCACCCCUUGAAGCCCAAGAGACGAAGCCAUGAUCUGAAAUAGUUGGCCAUCCCAUGGUGAGGAGGGCUGGGCCAGAGGUAAACGUGGUCGGCCACCCUGCUUCUAAGGGCAUCAUUUGGAUGGAGUUCGAUGAAUUUGUGCAGCCAACCAACUGUUCCAGGUACAUAAACCAUGUAUGAAGAAUCAUGAAGCGGUACAAGGAAGGUGGGCGAUUUUGAUUUGUUAGGUUGCAUCCAAGGCCAGGCCAGUCGAAGCAGUUGCUUGCAAGGUGAUUUUGAAUGGCACCACUAGCAUCCACUAGCUGCUAUGUCUUAGCAGCCUGCUGUGCCCUUCAUGAAGUGAUGGGACAGCAAGGUCUUCGAAUGUUUAGCAUGCGUUUUUUUGAACCUUCCCGGAGGAAGUUGGAAAAACGACAGCCCCAGG